AUGUUCCUGUGGGCUGGAGUUAAAGGAGCUCAGGGAUCAGGAAAUGAAAGGAGCAGGACCAUUUAUCAGAAGAUAAGGGAGUAUGAUAUUCUGGACAAGAGAAAGACGGUAACAGCUCUGAAAGCUGGAGAGGACAGAGCUAUUCUCCUUGGCCUCAGCAUGAUCAUGUUUUCUGUCAUGAUGUUCUUUGUCCUGGGAAUUACAAUGGUGCGCUCCUAUUCAGACAGUGUAUGGACAGAGGAGGUGAGCUGUACCAUUCUGAACUCCACCAUUAUUGGGGAGAUUAACUGUAGCUACAGUUGUGGAGCAGAGUGCUGGAAGAGCUCGCGAUACCCGUGCCUGCAGGUGUACGUCAGCCUGAACUCAUCAGGACGAGUCCUGAGACUUUCUUACAAUGAAGAAGCCCAAGAGGCCAACCCGGAGUGUUUCUACAUCCCAAAGUGUCGAAAAGAUCAUGCCAUGAUGCAUGCCUUGGUAUUAAACAUCUCAGAGCGACUGAAGACGCAGCAGCAGGUCCGAUGUUUCUCAGACCCAGCAGAACAGCAAGAUUGCGCCAUCCUGACUCGUCUCUACGGCCCUUCUGCAAUCUUGUCUUCACUACUGUGGCCCACAUGUACGCUCGUGAUCGGAACACUUAUUAUCGCCAUGGUCAAGCUCACCCAGUACCUGUCCAUCCUCUGUGAUCGGAUCAGCCGCAUUAAAAGGUGA